UCCUUGACACGACGCCGUCGCCGCUCGUCUCUGAUAUUGGGACUCCUUUCGUAAUCGGAGGCUCAAAGCCUUCCCGAUCAUCUCCAACGUCGAACGCAGUGCAGUGGGUGCCCAGAAGGAAGAUUCUCGCCGGAGAUUUCAAUUGUAUCACCAUUCAUUUUUUCCAUUGCAAGGCCAAAGGUAAUGGGUGAUGAGAAUCUGUUUGACAAGCCUCUGGAUGAGAAGGUUUCGUUGGAUGUGACUUGUGGUAAGGAGGAGGAGAUUGUGGAAGAGCUAAAGAUUUGUUUACCCAAAUGGGUUACUCAAGAACAAGUAACAGAUAUGAUUAGAGGGACAUGGAGGAACAUAGUCGAGAUAGUUGAUGAUUUUUAUGAGCACGAGACUAAAUUCUAUGAGCAAGUCUCUUCUGCUGUUAUAUCUUUCACUUCUGGAGAUGGGGUCAGUUCGUGUAACCACGAAGCAUUUGUUUCGAAACUGGAGUUUAUCCAUUGUGAAAACGAGCGGAGUGAAAGUUGUCAGCCAUCGCAGUUUCACAAGCUUAAGAGUAUGAGUAGUUCUCAGAAGAGCUGCAUAUCUCCUGUGAAAAGGAACAGGAAGGUAAAAGGUAAACCUAAGAAGAAAGGAAAAGCUUCUUCUAAGGUAGAAUCUUUAGGACCAAAGCAAGCUUCUAUAACUAAAUUCUUCAACAAAGUUCCUUCAGAUGAAACCAAGGCUUAAGUUGAGAGGCUAAAGAAGCGGUUUGUCUGGAUAUUUUGAAGUAAUAUGGUCAGCUGUUUCAGCAAAAUAUGAUAGAGGGAUGAACUGUUGCUUGAUGUCAACGGACAAUGCCUCAUUGAUACUGCAGCGAAGCGCGAAUGUUGGAAGAUUAGGAUUCACUUGCUCAAUUUCAGAAAGGCAAGCUAACUAUGAAUCUUCGAAUUACAACUGUCUCAUCUUCACAGCAACUUAGAUCUUGCGCCAGCUUUUUUGCAAUGUAAGAAGCUCAAUGUUUUUGUCUACGUUGGUCUCAUUUAGAGUUUAAUCAGUAGAAGCAGACAUUGUCAUUUAUCAGUUAUUGACUCGGUGUUAAUUCUAAAGAGCGUUGCGUUUUUGUUUGAACGUUAUCUGGUUUCUACUUCUCAUUUUCAAAUCUUAUUCUCUGGUAAGGAGCGUCUGUUGCUUCACUAUAUCCAGUGUUUGAUUGAACAGCUUGUACCAAAACUCAUUUAGCAUUGAAGAUGGAAGAGAGAACAAAACAGAACAGAACAGAAGAAUUUUGUCUUCUU